AUAUACAUCUGACGAACAUUUGGAAAGGGAGGUAACACAACUUUUUUUUUUCUCUUCUUGUCGGUGCUCAUUGCUCGCUCUCCUUCAACAAAAGGGUUAACUAUCUUCCCAAGAUGGCUGCUUUCGUAAGGCUGUAGGCACUUUUUCGCCCACUUACAACGGGGAAGAGACUUCGGUUUCGAUGAUCAUAAGCCAACGUAAAAAAAAAGGGUUGGUUUUUUUUUACAGUAGUACAAUAUAGCCAAUCAUCUUCAUCAGAUUUUGUUAUAGAUUGAAUAUUUUACACCAAAAAAAAGCAAGAAUAAAUCUGAAAAUGGCAGAUGAUCCAGGCCACCAAGCUAUGUUGUAUUUCUUGGAAAUAUUAAUGUACAGCAAUGCUCCCAUGAGUAUCAGCCAGCUUGCUGGACGUUUUGGGAGCCGUAAUUUUACCUCAGAAAUGCGUCAAAGUGCUGGUGGAAAUGAAGCCGGCUUGAAGAAAUUUCUUCUGAAGUAUCCCUCCCUAUUUUCUGUAAAUGGUAACCUUGUCAGCCUUAACGAUGGUACCGCCCUUGGGGGAAAUUUUCGAGAGUCAAGUCCUGCCUCUUCUUCUAGUCACUCUUGUCUUCCAGAUGUCUCUAUAGAAACAGAAGCAGUUCAGUUUUUUAGAGCCAAAUAUCUGAAGAAGGGUGAAAAGUGGAUGCCUGUGAAGAGUCUGGCAGGACAUCUUUCUCAAGCCUCUCCUGAAAUAAGAGAGUGUGUUGGACCUCAAAAUGAAUUUCUUUCUUUUCUUUUGAAACAUCCACUUAUUUUCGAAGUAAAAGAUGACAAUGUAUGCCUUAAAGAUAAUAUCCGCUGCAAUGCUGCUGACACAGACUCAUCUUCUGAACCACCAGUAUUACCUCCUACAACUCCCAAAAAUAAGCGCCGUCCAAAGUCGCUAGAUGUAUCUGACUUGCCUAAGCCUGUUGGAGGCCGCACAGUGACUGUAGCUCCAGUUCCUGUCUCUUCAGUGACAACUAAAGCUGGUCCUGUGACAAUGACAGCAAAUGAGUACAAAGCUGUCAUGUUUAUUAAAAGUAUUAUCCAGAAGAAAGGGGACAUGAAAGUCAACAGUUUGUCUGGCCAUUUCAGUCAAGCUCCUGAGAGUCUAAGGAACACAAUCGGUUGGAGCAAGCCAGAACUGCAGCAGUUUAUCUCGGCUCAUGAUAAUAUCUUUACCAUUGGUGAGGAUGAAGUGGUGUCUGUUAUUAAGAACACUAGAUUAAAUGUCAUUAUCACUGGAAGCAGGCCACAUGUUCAGACUAAGCCCUCCGUGAGUGGGCGCAAAGGCCAGAUAUUUCAUGUGGCCAAGCUUUGGGGCAUCAUUGAUCUUGGCAUGCACGAACAUGUCUUCAUAGAUAGAACAAUUUUCGGUAAGAACAUUGACGAUCUUAACAAACUUCUCAAGAUUGGCGAAUGGGUUAUGUUUGAUGCAGUUCCUGCUCCUAAAGGCAGCAGAGCUCGCUGGAAAGCAACAAAAGUGUGGAAGGAGAAUGAGUCUAUAGAGGAUCUGAUUGACAAAGUUGCAGCAAAGCUUGAUCUUCCAAUAGAUGGAAUACCAAGAGAGCCACAGGUCCCUCUUGGCAAUAUGAAUGAUGAGAUCAGAAAGAUUUAUCCUGAUCUUGAUGACAGUACUUUUUCCAGCACAACUCCUCUGAAUAUCGGCGGGAUUAAGUAUUCCUUUCAAGAUGCUGCCCCCAGUGGUGCUGGUGUGGUGCCAGUGUGGAACUUUCACCACGUAGAGCUGGAAGGGAUGAAAGAUGUAGAUGAGCUAAACUUUAGUGAUGAUGAUGGAGAUAUAUCUCCCCAGGUGUCUAUGGUGGCUGAAAGGCAGUACAUGAAUCGUUCUGUUUUGAUGGAUAGUCCCAGGGCAGGAGCUGCAAACAUCAACGGUUCUGAUGGCAACCUUAACAACUCAGACGCUGAAGGUAAGAAGUUUGUCUCGGUGGGUUGUCAAACUAUUGUCACUGGAGAUGUUCUGGCAACCCAACUUUUUCACGAGGAUCUGUGAAGUACCAAAAUAACACUUUUUUUUAAAGCUUUUGUUAUUUUUGUACCAUUUCCAUCAUAACAAUAAUAUCUUUGUGUAAGCUCACAAAUAACAAGAAAUGUAUCUCAGAACUGUGAUGUAAAAGGUAACGUACAGGUUUCUUAUUUUUUAAAUUGAUUUUUUUUAUUUUACUAAAUUACUUUUUUAACAAAAUAUUUAAUUAUAGCUCAGCUCUAAUGAAAUUGAAGUUAUGAAGUGAUUUAAUAGUUUUUUAAACUUUAAAAUGGACUUCUCCUUACUAUUUCAAACAUUUUUAAAAUCUCACCUACAUUUAAAAAGUAAUCCUGGCUUUGUUUUAAUGUUUAAUAGUGUUCAAUUUUUAUGUUUGUACAAAAAACAACAACUAAUUGGUACAUAAACAAGGUUAUUUAUAUAUAUCAUUCUCUUUUUUAUGUCAUUGGAUGUGUUUAAUAGUGUAAAACAAAAUAUUUAUAUAGAUUAUUUAACAAGCAAUCACUUUCUAAAAAUAUUUUGACUUGCUAUAAAUGUAACUAUUUUUUUCUUAUUUUUUUACAGUGUAUUUUACCUACCUGUAUAUUGUGAUAAUUCUAUGGUUACACAAUCUAUUCAUUUAUUUGUAAUUUAAUUUCAACCUAAAGAUUCUAAAUUCAAUGUUAGUUCAUUUUUCAGACAUUUUCGAUUGUACAAGUUAAACAAUGGGAUGGAGUAUUUGUUUUUACUUAAGAUUGAAUUAAAGAGAGUUUAAAUGACAAACUCCUGUUGUAGUAUGUUGUGCUUUGUAAUAUAUAGCCUCAUCAUAGUCUUCCAAUAUUCAUGUACACUUUAAGUUUUAUGGAAACCAAAAAUUUUAUUUAAAGUAUCUAUGUACCAUUUAAUAUUGCUAGAAAAGCUCUUUCAUAGUAAAAUGGUAGAACAUUGGCUUUUAUAAUUUGGUAAAAAAAAAUUUAAAAAAUUCACCAUCCCCUAGUUCUUGUUUCAAACAUUUAAAAAGGAUUCUAAUAACUGGCUAGUUAUAGAACUAUUUAAAUAUGUACUGUGCAGUGUAUUGUGUAGUAAAGUAAUAUAUAGUGUUGGUGUAGAUCACAUUUUUAUGUCCAAUUAUACAAAUAAAAUUCUAAUACAAUACAAUGGUUAUGAUAUUAUGAUACUAGACUUGAUGAAUACCACUAAUUAAAAAAAAAGUAUUAAAUGAUGGGGCAUUUUAUACUGGUUUUUUUUUUACUGAGAUAUACUUUUUUUUUAACCAUAUUUUAAUUAAUUACUCAAUUGUAAAAAUUGAUUACUUGGGCAAAUCUUGGCAUACUGUUAGAAAAAUAUAAUACUUAUUGCGCUCAAGGCUUUGAGUUUUAUUUAGCCAGGAUUAUACAUAUAUGUUUUUUUAUAUAAAACUUCUAAUGACUGCUUUAGUUAUAAAUAUCACAAGUUUGAUAAACUAACUCUUGGUGCUACAUGGGCCUGAAGCGUCACUCCUUUAACUGCAUGUCAGUUCUAAAAUUUAAUUUUAGUUUGAGAUUUAGUAAUUUAGUAAGAUAAUGCAGUCACUUAAAUACUCUGAAAGGUACUUCAAAAAUUUAUCUGUAAUGAAAAUCUAAUCAAGGCUUGUGCAGUACUAAUUGAAAUAUAUAUCUGUAUGGGUGAUUCCCCUGUAUAUUAAGGUUCUUGUAUGAGAAUGAUAGACUCUGCUCAGAUGGAAAAUACAGGUGGAUUUGUAUUGUGAGGUGUGGGUAAUUGCCAAACACUUUGUCUUACCGCACAAGUCAGUAUUGGGUAUAUAAUUUAUUAACUUUUGAAUUUGUACAAUGUUGCAUUUAUAUAUAUAGUAGAUAGAAGUCUCUUUAAAUAAAACCUUUUUUUCUUUUUAGCUGAAAAAUUUUAAGGUAGAACUAACUAUUUAUACAAUUGUUCAAUAGUUCCUGUUGUAAUUUGUAAACAUUUCCCUGAUGUUAUAUCAUUUAAGUUAAAACAUUGGACAAUAUAAAAGUCGCAUCAAAGAAUGUUUCAGGUUUUAUUGAAUGCAUAACAUCAUAAAGGUACUUUUUUCUUUGUACAAUUGUUAUCAUUUUUAUUGUUUUUAUCCUUAAAUUAUUUAAUUUUGUUUUUUAUUUUUUUGACAAAUUAUUAUUGGAAAAAUAAUUUUUCAAUGUUUAUAGGUAAAAUGUAAUUUUUCUGUUUUGAAUCAAUUGAUGGCUGUUAAUCUGAUCACAUAAAACAUUUAUUUUCAUAUAACCUUUCAUGUGCAAUAUGAUUAUGUAACUUUAAUAUAGUGUUUCAAAUACUUUGUUUUUGCUAUGUAUAUAAGUCAACCAACAUUUGCUAAAUUUUUAAUUGAAUUCAUUUUUAUAAAGACAAAUCACAUGCUUAGUGCUUUUUUUUUUCCUACCUCUAUUCUGUUUUUUUUUUACUGGCAAUUCCUUCAUUUCAUUUGAAAGGAAGGCUCUCAACACAAGUUAUGACAUGACUCCUAAAAGAUGACUAAAUAUAUAUCCCACACAGUUCAAAGUUUAAAAUGUAGCUGCUAGUUGUCCUACACAAGACUGGAAACUCAUAAAUAUUUGCCAAAUUAAAUGUUAGAAAUAAUUUGUUCUUUAUUGUGAUAGUUAUUGUGCUAUUUUCUAAGUAUACCAGUAUUUUAAAAUUUUGCCAAAAUGGUCUAUACAAACAUGAACAUGUAAAAGUCAGUUUCUCUUAAGAGUUAAAAAAAAAUAAGCACUAAGCUUGUGAAAUGUUUUCUUAUGCUUCAACAUUGCUACCCACGUUGUUCAAUAACUGAUUUAUUCCAAAUGACUUUUGGUUUCUUUUAUAAUAUUGUUAUGGAAAUUUAGUUCUCUAGAUUUAACAAAGUGACACAUGAUAUUCCAUUUACAUAAAACAGUCAAGUUGUUCUGUUUGAUACAGUUUUUAUUUAACAUAAAUGUUUAUUUUAAAUCUCUUCUUUGCAACUUAGAAAUGUGUACCUUAUAUAUUCAGUUACAAGAUAUUGAGCUAACCAAGUCAUAAUCUACUCAAAUCUAUGCAUUUUAUUUCUUCUUCUGUGUCAAUGUAAUCCUCUCUGUAGUGUUCCUUUUGCAGCUUCAAGAUUGUGAUGUUGCUAGCAUUGUCAUGAAGAAUUAUUUGAUAAGUACAAGAUUUUAGUCUUUCUGCAUGCAAUUUUCAGUGAUGUACAUUCAUGACUUGUGAGCAUGUCAAGUUUUGUUUUACUGGUUUCAUAGGCUGGUGAUAUGUUUGGGGCAGAAUGUAGAUGUUUUUGUCAAGCUGAAGGACACAUUGAUAUGAUUUCUGUUGUUUUAGUCUACCAUGUGUAUGUUUUCUGUAGUUUUGGUUUCCAUAUAAUAUUCCUGAAGCUAAAAAGAUCUCCACAUUUUCCCCCCACUUCCCCUCUUUUUCCUGUAAUGGCUGUCAUCAUGACAUAGAUGGUACAGGCUGAGACCUAAACAUUGGAAUGUUUGUUUUCAGAGAAAUUUUGUGCUGUGUUGCUUUUCAACAGACAAAUAAAUAUGUCAGCUAUAAAUCUU